AUGCCUGUUAGGGAACCCUAUCCAUUGAUUGCCUCGUCUGGAGGACUGACACUGGCUCGCAGGCUUGACUUGCUUGCAGGAACUAAAGUAACUGGUCAAUUACAUCGAUCCUUAAAUCAUCCAAUUGCAACUCACACCCCAGGGAAGGCAACUGACUCAGAGGAGGGGUUGACAGAUACAGAUAACCCACUGGGCACUCGUACUAGAAAUAUGAUGUUACCCUCUGGGGCAGAGACUAGACACUUAUUACCUCCUGUAAGGAAUUCGCCCGGCUUGCCGAUUUCACAUCAACAUAAACAGAGAGACCCAUGGCAGACUGAAAUCCUUUAUAGCGCUGCUGACACAGGCACGGCAGCUUACCCAGAGAAGACAGAUAAAGAAGGCUCCACUUCU